UCGAAUCCAGGUCAACGUGGUGCAUUGUGGGACGUGGGAUACGUACAAGAUUGCUGUUUGAGGCGGUUUUAUACACGCUGCUACCGAACACCGGAUAGACAGAGGAAACUGAGAACAACAAAGAACGCGACGUUUAAGGUUGAAAAGCAAUCGCAGAGGAAAGAUGUCUAUCGGAGUCCCAAUUAAAGUUCUUCAUGAGGCAGAGGGUCAUAUUGUUACCUGUGAAACCAACACCGGUGAAGUUUACAGAGGGAAGCUCAUUGAAGCUGAGGACAACAUGAAUUGCCAGAUGUCCAAUAUCACUGUGACGUACAGAGAUGGCCGUGUCGCACAGUUGGAACAGGUCUACAUUCGUGGCAGCAAGAUCAGGUUCCUCAUACUACCGGACAUGUUAAAAAAUGCUCCGAUGUUGAAGAGUAUGAAGAACAAAAACCAAGGUUCUGGGGCUGGAAGAGGAAAAGCUGCGAUUCUCAAAGCCCAAGUGGCUGCCAGGGGAAGGGGUCGUGGAAGUAUGGGUCGGGGGAAUAUUUUCCAAAAGAGACGAUAAUCUUUACUCUCCAAUUAAAAUUGAUUUCAUGGAGUUUUGUUUCGAUUCUUUUUGUACAGUUUUUAUAAUUGUUGGGUGCUUCUAGUGGGAUUGCAGUUGCAUGGAGGCUGCAUUGACUGAUGCAAGGCCAUAAUAAAUGUAUUCCAACA